ACGGAGUAGUCUUCUGCCGCUGAGGCAAAAGAAAAUAUAAAAAGGCCUGCGAUGGGCUGAGGAUUGACGACUGUGGAGGGACGAUGCUUGCGUUGGCGUUAGCCGAUGACGAAGAACCGUCAUCUUGGCAGCAUUUCCGGGAGACGCCACCCUGCCACAUUCCUAGCUGCUGACUGUUGGACUCAUUACGGCGGCUGAUGUACGGCAAAAGACCGGGCCGCUGGAUUUCGGCUGGUCGGGUUCCCAUUUUUUUCCAGCUCUUUAAUCAUGUCAAUCGACAAUCGCGACCACGAAAAUGUGUCGCACGAGUCGAGCUGCGUUUUUUCUUCACUGCAGGAAACGAAGUCGAGCUGCUUAUGUAAACAGCUUCACGAUGGCUUCAAUUCACGAUGAGUCUUUGCCCCUUGAUCCACAGGGAUCCACCAUGUGCACAAAUGACUGGCUUUUGGGAAAAUUUGUGAUAUUGGCCAGAACUCGAGGGGGGACAAUCUCUCCUUCUGUUUUGGGCCUGAUAAGCCUCGAUUUCCAUCCCUAUCGAGCAUCUAAUUAGACGUAAUCAGAGUCUAGAUCUAGCCUCUGUUCACCGCCUGUCAGCGCCGUAGUGUCACAAGUGACAGAAAGGUCUCCUGGUGACAAAAAAAAAAAAAAAAAAAAAAAAAAAAAAACCCACAGGCUCUUGAGGCCACAUCAACCACCGAGGCCACAGUCUUUCCUCGUCAUGUCUCGUCGCCACCGCCCAUGACACUCACUACUGUCCAGCUGGCCCCGACGGGUCUCCUCCCACCAUUGCGGGGUCUGCACGACAUCUCGGAGGAUGUCAUAGUCGCUGCUCUUGAGGGUCUCCGCUUGAUAUAUUGCCCGAUAGUCCCACCUGCCGCGGCCUUUCAGCGGCGACCGUCCAAGUCGAAUGUCCCUCCACCCCAAGCCGAUUCGGGCUACGUCUCGGGUGACGACGAGGACAACUGCUCGGGCGAUGACCGUGGGGAGGGCGCACUGGAUACCCUCCGAGCCGACUCCUUUGAGCGCGACUUUGCGUUUCGUUGGUUGACGUCCCUCAUCCUCAGGGCGGAUGAGCUGCAACUCACCUCGGACGAUGCCCGGGAGCAGCUGGUCGAGGACGCCUCCGCCCUGCUGGCAUCUCUGACGGUGCCGACGGCCCCGGGCGUCACUGAGGAGGCCCCAGAGGAGGACCAGGACUGCGGCAUCACCCGCGAGUUCAGCUUUGAUGUGGCCGCGACGACUGGAUGCCCAGGCUCGCCCGCCCCACCCGUGACGGUGCGGCUGUUCGACGCAGACCUCGCGGCGUCGGACCACACGGGCGUCGGGCUGCAGAGCUGGGGCGCAUCCAUCAUCUUCUCGGACCUCAUCUGCAAAGACCCCGCCCGGCUGGGCCUCACCGAGUCGGCGCUGGGGUCUCGCUCCCCUCGCAUCGUCGAGCUCGGCGCCGGCACCGGCCUGGUGAGCCUCGUGCUCUCGCAGCUGCUUCCCCGGAUCGGCGUGGCGAGCCCCGACAUCGUCGCCACGGACUACCACCCCGACGUGCUGGCCAACCUGCGCGCCAACAUCGCGGCCAACGAGCAGGCCGGCGAGGUUCAGGUCGCCCCUCUGGACUGGUCCGACCCCGUGCUCGCGGCGCCGCUCGACGCGCCGGCGGACGUCCUGGUGGCCACCGACGUCGUCUACGCCCCCGAGCACGCCCGCUGGCUCCGCGACUGCGCCUCCAGGCUCCUCUCGCGCGGGGGCGUCUUUUGGCUGGUGGCGACCGUGCGGCCGGCCGGCAGGUUCGAGGGCAUCAGCAGCACGGUGGAGGAUGCGUUUGGUAUUGUGGACGAUGGCGCGGGUGCCGGCGAGGGCCUGCGGAUCCUCGAGACGGCCAUGCUGGACAAGAAAAGAGGCGUUGGAAGGGGCGACGAGGUUGGGUAUCGGCUUUUCAAGAUUGGUUGGGCGUCGUGGUAGGGGUGAUGAUUGGAACGAUGAAUGACUUUUUUUUACCCAUGCAUUAUAAAGAGACGGUUGAUGGUAGAAAUGAAAGAACACCUAGACUAGACUAGACUAGACUAGAAGUAGGAAUAGACCUAGACCUAGAUAAUUCUCACGAUAGACUUUAGAAGACAGACUUGAUACGCAUCAUUUGCAAGG